AUGUCAUUGAGACAAUAUUUUCAGGUUGUCUACGAUGCAACAGUCACUCUAGGCAGUCUCCGAAGAUAUCGCAAUCGGAUACUCUAUAUUUUCACAAAUUCGAAGCCCACGGUGAACUCAAAACGUAGGAUGAAGAAUUGGUGCCUCGGCUUGGACAUCAAACAGUUCUUCACAUCCGUAGCCAAUCCACAAGCUAACGUCCAGACGGAGGUCACGAAUCGCACCAUACUCCAACACCUUAAAACAAGGCUUGGAAGUGCCAAAGGGAAGUGGGUGGAAGAAUUGGCUAGCGCCCUAUGGGCUUAUCGCACAACCCCACGAGCAGCAACGAGAGAGUCGUCUUUUAAUCCGGCGUUCGGCACAGAGGCUAUCGCACCCGUUGAAAUUGGCGAACCAUCUUGGAGAAUCACCAAUUAUGAUCCGGCAGCUAACGAAGAAGCUAUGCGGGGAAGCCUGGACCUCGUAGAUGAGCUACGAGAGGUCGCAUGCAUCCGGCAACAGAUGUAUAAAACGCGCAUGGCCAAGGCCUAUAAUUCAAGGGUCCACCCUCGAUCCUUCCAAGUGGGAGAUUUAGUUCUCCGAAAAGCUGAAGCCUCGCGUCCCAUUGGCAAGCUCGACCCAAAGUGGGAAGGACCAUAUAAAAUCACACAAGUGGUCAACAGUGGAGCAUAUCGUCUCGAGAACAUUGACGGACAUCCUAUACCCAGAACCUGGAAUAUAGGAAACCUGAAAAGAUUCUAUGCUUGA